AUGAACGUGGAGGAGAAAUACAAACUAUUUAAGGAAAAAUAUAAAGAGAUAAAGGAGCAAAAUGACAUCCUCAAGAAGGCCAUAGUGGAGUACAAAAAGGACAUUAAGCAGCUGGAAAAAAAUAAUGAGGAACAGAAAAACAAAAUUAACUGCAUGGUGGAUGAGAACAACGACUUGUUGAAUAGCAACAGCCAGCUGUCCAGCAAAGUCGCACAGCUGGCGAGUUCUCUGGAGGAUAAGAAGAAGGGCAACUCCGGGUGGAGGAACUUAAUGCUGCUCCCAAAAAACUCACGGGAAAAUAUCCAAGAGUCUGUCGCGUUCGAGGAACUCGAAAAUAAGAUAAAGGAAAAUGAGAUGCUGCACAAAAAAGUGGAGGACCUGCAGAAUGAGAAUAAAAAGAAAGAGAAGGAUCUAGACGCAUGUAGGACCUUCCAUAAGGAUAAAUUAAACGAAAGAGAAAAAACGAUUGACAGUCUUAACGAAAUUAUUACCAAUUCCAGCAAAAGUGUUAUCAGGUUGGAACGGGAAAGAGAUGAAAUCAGACAACAAGUCGAAGAGGACAAAGCAAAAUUUGCUCGUGUCAUAGAAAACAAAAAUGAACACAUAAAGAAAAUGGAGAAAAUAUACAAAGCUAUGAGGAGAAAGUGUUAUCCAAAGUAUAAAAUAAAUUUUAAUAGAAUCCCACUUUCGGAGCGGCCCGACCAUUAUGAUGGUUACCUGCAGCGCCAAAUCAACGAGCAGUGCAAAUUAUUCCAAAGUCACAUCCUAAAUGGAAUACAAAGGUUGCAAGAAUACCUUCGAAGCUGCAAGAAUACUUUUGCAUCUCAAGCAAAUCAGUUAAUAAAUUUUUGUCACGAAAUGGAAGGAGAGCAGAGGGAUGAUCAGUUUGACUAUUCUAGAGUUGCGGACCUAAAGAGUGUUUCCCAAAAGGAAGUCAACUGCCUAGAGGAAGCGAUCAAUCUGUUAGACGACCUCAGGACGUGGCUGCAUGGGAGCCAAGACAAGGUACACGUUCAGGCCCUCCUGCGCAACCUGUCCGGCACCGUAAAAAAAAUAUUCUUAAACGUGAGCAUCUACCUGUGUGUCGAAGAAUACCUUUUCCCAACAUACACGACAGCGAAAUCUUUUUCACUAAAAAAUGUGGUUCGAGAACUGAGGAGUUUGAAGAGACUGCUUCUCAAAUCGAUCAACUUUUUUGCACUCAUCUUGUUUGUAACUCCAUACGAAAAUGAAAAGAUAGUGGAGGAGCAUUUUAAAAAGAGAAAUAUCGUUAAGUGGGUCGACGGAAUUGAAAAAGAAAAAAACGGAAAAAAGGGAGAGGAGUACCAUAUGGAGGCGAACUACGAAGAGGUAGACACGAGUCUCCCAAGCAGUGAAGACGACGCUGCCAAGAGUGAUAAAAUGCCAAAGUUAAGGGAAAUCCAUUUUAAAGAAUUACUCGAAGAAAGAGAAAAAAACUCUCUCUCAAUAUAUAAAAAUUUAAAAAACUGCUCAGAAAAAAAUAAAAAAUUAGUUACCUAUUUGGGGAAAAAAUUCCACAAUCUGUUAGAUGAUUUUUCUCAUUCCUUAAAAUAUGUGAAGUCCUAUUUUUCUUUUCGCAUUUUUGAGAUGAAAGGAUCUGAAGUUCUCCUUGUAGACAACUCCAGCGUAAUGACAGAAAUGUUUGACGCUACGGAGUCCCUCAUUAAUUAUCUUGAAAUGUUCGAUGUUGUGGAAAAGAAGCAGUCGCUCCCUUUAAUUGCGUUCCUGUCUUACCAAAGGUUUAACACUCGAAUGGCGUUUGAAGAAGAAAAAAAUUGCCUAAAUAGGAUCAACGAGGCGUUCAGUCAAACCAGGCAUAUCCCCUACGCUGUGCUGGAACGCAGCUUCGGGAACCUCCAAAUGUGCAAGAAGGACAAGGACCAACUGAAUAAGGCGCUUUUGCGAAAAACCAAGUUAAUCAAAAAGUUGAAGAGAAAUAAUAGCCAGACCCUCGGCGAACUUAAGAACGUACUGCUGACCAACAAAGAACUGACCCUAAACAACCAGUGCCUGACCAACUGCUUGCCCCCAAAACGGGAGACAAUCAACCACGUGGGGGAAGAAACAACCGAGGAGGGCAUCCAGAAAUAUGCAGAAAUGGUCUUCAACUUUGUCACGUAUAGCAACUCAGAGAAGCCAGGAUUAACUGUUCACGAAAAACAGCUCAUCGAAGCGUACGUCUGUUCAUGCAUACGUAUAAAAAAUCUACACAUGGAAAUACGGAAGCACGUGGAGGUUCUGGAAAGCCUACAAAACGGGUUCAGCGUUAAGGAGGGAGAAAUACAAAAACUGAACCACCAAAUAGAGACGUACAAGAUGAAUACACUGCACGAUUUAAUCGUCACCCUGGAAAAGCAAUUAUCCAAACUGAACUCUGAAAAAAAUGUGAACAAGUUUUUCAUCCUCUGCUCCAUUUGCGGCAGCAAAAAUAACAUCGGCACCAUUCUGAAAAAUCGAAAGUGCCUCAAAUGCAGUUCGAUAAUUAUUUUCUUCCAGUGA